AUGUUAGAAUCAUUACAUUCUGAAUUUGAAAAAGGAAAGAAAUUAAAAGAUGUUUCUUCUGUAAAAGAACAAAAGAAAGUCAAGAACCAACCAAAUUCUGUUUUAGAAUCACAAGAAAUAAUUGAUGAACUGGAUACUUCAAAUGAAACUGCUUCAUCAAUUUCUUCACAAGCUUCCAAACAUGAACAAUCGAAUUCACAAUCAACAGUUGAAGAAAUACAACCAAGACAAAUCAGACCAGAUAACAUGAGUCAAUCAAGUGAAAUGUCAAAGUUGUCAACACAGAAAUCAUCUAAACAAAUUGAUAAUGAAUCUUCUGAAUCAAUGACAUCUAUUAAUUCUAAAUUAGAUGAAGAAAACACAAUGUCUUCUUCUAUUUUAGAUUCUCUUGUUAGUGAAUUUAAUCCAAAGAAGAAAUCGAUUGAAAAAUCACAAAGCAUUGAGAAAGAAAAGAAGAAACAAAGAAAUCAACCAGAAUCGAUUGACAACCAGCAAUCAGAGAUCUCUGAAUUAGACUCGGCAUCAGUAACAGAAAGUUCUCAAUCUCAAUCCAAAUCCAAACAUGAAAUGGCUGAUGUUUUGAGUUCAGAAGAUGUUUCUGAUUUACAAGUCCGAAGAAAUGUCAAACCAGAAUCAUCUGAAUCAUCAAUUGCUGAUAUUAAAACACAAUUAGUUGAUGAAUCAACAUCAACAAUGACAGAAACUGACGAAUUCUCAACUUUGCAUUCUGAUGCAUUUGGUUCAAAUACUGAAUCAGAUAUUCAAAGCAUUGUAAGUAGAAAAGAACAGAAAUCAAAACUUGCUGAAAAACAAAAACAAAUUCCAGAAAAAGUUAUCAGAAAACAAAAACUUGAAGAUGAAUCUAUUUCAGAAAUUAGAACUGUUGAUGAUACUUUAUCCUCACAAACACAAACAGUUUCAUCAAUUAGUGAAUCUAAGUCUGUUCAUGAACAAUCGAAUGAUGAAUCAUCAACAACAAACAAAGUUCCAAGAGAAAAAUCAGUUCAAUCUGAAUCGAAAUCUGUUUCAAUCAACUCCAAGUUUGGAAGAGAUUCUGAAGAAGAAGAAUUCUUCUCUGAAGUUUCUCAGACAAUUACAAUCAACUCAGAAGCUCCUGAACUAGUUUAUUCUGAAGUCACAAUGAGUGACAGCAAAUUCGAUCAAUAUGGACGAGAAAAAGCUUUACCUGUAAACAAAUUGAAUUUGUUAGAAAAAACAGCUAAAAGACAAAAAGAUAGUAUGAGAUCAGUUUACGAAGAGAACUAUGAUAUGCAAUAUGCUCCACAAGAUCCUGAAUCUAUUUUCUCUGAAGCAGUUACGGCUGUUACAGGAGAUACAGAAACAAGUGUUUUGUCAAUCAGAUCCAAGAGAAAAGUCAAAGAACACAAUGUUGAAUAUUCAUCGUAUUCUUCUGAAUCUGAUUCAGAAAUUCAGAUUGAUUCAUCUAAAAGAACUUCACAAAACUUCUCUUUCAAUUUGUCUGAGAGUUCUGAACAUACUGUAGAUAAAUCAAUUGAUGAAUCAGAAAUCGAGAAACAAAUGAAAGAAAGGAAAUACAAUUAUUGGAUCAACCAACAUGAAGCACCUUCAUUAAAUGAAGUUCAUACAUUUUCUGAUGAAAGUGCAAUGUCAAGAAAUAUCACUGAAAUUUCUGAUUUUACUAUGUCUGAAUCAGCUCAAUCUCAAUCAUCUUUGAAGACGAAACAUGAUUCAAUUCAAUCAGAACUACAUACACAAGUCAUUCCAAAAGAAAACGAAAACGAAGAAGAGGAAGAAGAAGGAUCAAUUUCAGAAUCCCAAAUUUCUUUAGCAAGUAAAUUAGAUUCCAAUGAAUCUUCUUCAUCAACUUCUGAAAUGAUGUCUUCGAUUCAUUCAGAACAGUUCUACAACAAACAGAAGAAACAAAAGGAUUUAGAUGAUAAAUCAACGAAAUCUGUUAAGAAGAACGCUUCUGAAUCAAUUACAAAAUAUCAAUCAUUACAAGAAGAUUUAUCAACAGCAACUGAAACAGUUGACAAUGACAGAGAAAGUAAAUCAGUUCAUAACAUGUCGAAUAUCGAAAGCGAGUCAACAAUGGAUGAAAUUGUUCCAGUUUAUGCUGCAAAGAAAGAUUCUUCAACAUCAAGCUCACUGAAUAACAAAUUAGAGUUACAAAUAAAGCCAAGAAGAGAACUGAGCAAAUUAAGUGAAUAUUCAUCUUCUAAUGUUUCAAUUAACUCUCAUUUAGUUUCAGAUAAUUCUUCUGAAUCUGUUUUAUCUUCAUUAAUUUCAACAGUUGAACCAUUACGUCAUAAGAAGAAGAGGAAAGUAAAGACACAAAAUGAAAACCAUAAAGUUAAAGGAGUUCCUCAAUCAGAAGACAAAACAAGAACUAUUGAUGACUCUCUUGAUACAGAAACAGUUUCAACAACAACAAUUUCAAGUAGUAGAAGCAAUCAUUCAGCAGCAAAUUCCGAAACUUCUGAUUCGGUUACUCCAUUACAUAAAUCUCGUUCAAUUAAAGAAGUUUCUAAAUCAGAUGAAUUCGGAAGUUUGGAAUCUAAAUUAGAUAAUCCUUCUUCAUCAAUAUCUACAAGUUCGAUGAGUGAAUCAUCAAGUAUCUUAUUGAAUUCAUCAAGAGCUCCAACAAGUCAAUCAGAAAGUUCAUUCAUGGAUUCGAUUGUUUCAGAAGGAAAUGUAAAGAAGAGAAAGAGAAUAAAGAAGAAAGUCAAUCCUGAAGGACAUAGAAAUAAAGGAGAACCAAUUUCUGCAACAGAAGAUAAACAGUUUGUUAGUGAAUUAUCAUCCGUUUCUCAAACAGCUUCAUCUAUUUCACAAAGUAAAGAUAAUCACAGCCAAGCAAAUACAAUGAGUUCAACUUCAGCAGCUGAAGAAACAACAUCAAAGAAACGUCGUAAAGUCAAAAGAUCUGUUGUUAGUGAAUCAACAAUUGGAGAUUUAGCAACAGAUAAACAAUCUAAUAUGAGAAGUUCUUCAACAGAAGAUUCAGAAAACACAUUUUCAAUUAAUUCUAGAUCGAGUACAAAUGAAGAUUUAUCAAAUGAUGCUUCAACAAUUGAUUCAAUUAAAUCAGUUUCCGAACAUCCAAAGAGAAAGAAAGUCAGAAAGAACAAAGAUCAUAAUGAAAAAAUCAACAGAAUUGAUAAGAAAGAACCGGUUUCCGUCGAAUCAUCCAGACAAAUCUUUGAUAGUUUGCAAACGGUAUCAAAAGAUGCUUCUUCAAUGACGGAAUCUCGUGAUAAUCAUAGCCAAGCAAAUUCGGAUUCAAGCGACGAUGAAAAAAUAACAUUCAAAAAGAGAGUUGUUAAUCCAGAAAGUUCAUCAUCAAAUUCUGAAUUAAAUACACAAUUUAACAAUUCUACAACUGAAUCUUCCAAAUCAAUGAAAGAAGAUAAUUCAACGACAGAAAUUUCACUGCAUUCGAAACUUUCGAGUGAUCAGAUUCGUGAUUUGGAUUCAGAAUCAACAAUUGAUACUUUAGUUUCUGAUUUCCAUUCAAAACAUCAGAAACCACAACAAAUACAAACCGAUAACAACAAACAACUCAAAGACAAAGAAAUUCCUGUUUCUGAAAACAAAUCAAGACAAAUCAUUGAUAGUUUAGAUUCACAAGGAAAUACACAAAGCGAAAAAUCUCAAAGUAAAAGUUUACAUAACCAAGAAAACUCAAUUGAAGAAGAAGAAAUUGUUCCACGACAAAUCAAACAAAACAAAGCAAAUGAUUCCUCAUCAAUUUCAGAAUUAAGAAGUGAGAUAAAACAGAAGCAAAAUUUUAGUUUAGCUGCUGAUGAAAAAUCAAAUUUGAGUACAAUUUCACUCAAUACUCAUGAUGAUAUUACAGACUCGAGAUCAUCAGUUGAUUCAGCAUUAGAGUCAUUGGAAUCAUCUCCUGAUAUUCAUAAGACAAAGAGACAUUUGCAGUCAAAAGCAGAUCCAAAUACAUUUAAAGACAAAGAUUCUCCAAAAUCUGAAUCUAAAUAUAGACAAAUAUUUGAUUCAGAACCAACAUUUGAUGAAAGUGGAUCAAAUAUAAGUAGAUCAAAAUCAAAACAUUCUCAAGCUAAUUCUAUUAUUGAAGAAGAUUCAAUUCCACAACAGAGAAUCACAAGAGCAGUGA